CAAGAACAAGCCAAUGCAGCAUGCCUUUGUGAUUUUGACAUGCACACACUGCGUCAGCUCAGCGGACUCUAACUUGGAGGAGCGUAAAUUAAAAGUGAGAAAACUAAAAGGAAAAGUCUUCAAACUCUUGAAUUUCAAAUUAAAGAUUUAAGGGAACGUAGUAAUCAAGUUCGAUUGUCAGCAUGGAUGGAACAAAAUCAUGCAACGGGUCAAGAACCCAUAGCGAAAUAACCAAUGAACAGCAGGAGGUGACAAGCAAGAGUUGCCAAAUUAGUUCGCAAGAGCCUCGAGAUCUGAAUUCAGCUCGGACGGAUUACUUGCAUUGGGAAGACUAUUUCAUGGCUCUUGCCUUCCUCGCUGCCAAGAGGAGCAAAGACCCCUGCACCCAGGUCGGCGCCUGCAUUGUUGACAAGUACAAUAAAGUUGUUGGACUCGGUUACAAUGGCUUCCCCAUUGGGUGCAGUGACGAAGAGUUCCCAUGGCGCAAGGGUGGGAAGACAGACCUGGACAGCAAGUACAUGUACGUGUGCCACGCAGAGAUGAACGCAAUACUGAACAAGAUCACCGCGGACGUCACUGGAUGCACUAUGUUUGUAGCUCUUUUCCCGUGCGCUGAGUGCGCCAAAAUAAUAAUUCAAUCCAGAAUCUCAACUGUCGUGUACAUGUCAGACAAACACGCUUCAAAAAAUGAAACGAUUGCCUCAAAGCGAAUGCUUGAUGCUGCCGGAAUUAAGUACCGGCGUCAUACUCCUAGAGAAAAGAAAAUUGUGAUUGACUUUGACGAUAUUGAUUGGUCAGGUAUGAGCCAAGUUCCUCAGUCACCUAUCAAAAAUUGAAAUCCAAAGACUGUUGGAACGGCAAUUUUCAAAUCUAGAUUAUUUGGAAAUUAUUGGUGCUAAAUCUUUACGAGUAAAUUAAAUUUUCAUAAAACUAUCCUUUGUUAAAAGAACAAAAUUUCCAAAACUGUACAGAUAUUGCUUGAAGCAAUAUUUAAAUUUUGUUAUCUUCUCAAACCAUCUCUGACUUUAGUCAUUUCCACUGACUGUAUAUUUACCUGAUUUUAGCUCACUUUUGUAUCAGCACAACGUCCUAUAAUCAUUACCCCAAUUUCUUAUGAAAUUACAACUUUUAAAACA